GACACAUAUAAGGAUAUAAUCUAAGGAUAGAACAAGUCGAAGAUGUAUUAGAAGAACGAGAUAGGACACAAGACGAGAGGUCGCACCAUCUAUUCGAAAUGAGCCGCACUGAGUAUCGAUCGAUAGAUUGAGCUGCGAUCGCGGGGGAUCGGGCGCGACAGGGGUUUCGAAUAUCGGAGCAGGGAUUGACGUUGGGAAGUCGUCGCGAGAGGUACUCCGAAUUCGGUAGCGAGCGUGCUAAGAACUUUAAGAUAGAGAAUAGUGGAGCGGGCGUGCUCUAAUCGGAGGCGAGAGUGCCGUAGCGAAAGUGAGUGAAAAGCAACGGUGUGCGUGAGCCGAUUUCUGUCGGACAGUGUAAUAAAGGGUGAGAGUUGCCCGAAACUGUAUCUCGCGUGAACCUUAUGUACUUCUAUAAUUAAAUACAGCACGCUUUUGUUCUUGUUGAAUGCACGGUCUUGGGUCCAUUUAUUCUGUGUGUGUGUUGAAGCCUUAUUGUCUGUUGCGCCUACAGCAGAUUUAUCUCAGAAGUGGGAUAUGAACCAGAAAUUUCUCAGAGAAAGAACCAGUAAGAUUGUGUCUCAAAAGACUUGCUAUUAAAAUUGAGUUGAGAGCACGAGGUUUGCGCGUGCCCUUCACGUGAUCAGGGCAACGGUGGUAGAGACGGAGCAUGAACUUGCGCGUGUCCUUCACGUGAUCAGGACGAGGGCGCAGGCAUGCUGAGGCAAGUUUGUGUUUGUUCGUGAUCGGAGCUCACGUGAACGGGUGGUUGUUUGUGCGACAGGGAAUCUGCGGCAGUUAUCGGGCUGUCGAUCGGUGUCAUUUGGAGUUAUCGACUAUCAUUCGACGGGAAAAAAAAAACAGUCCGGCUUAAUCAUGAGUCGGGUGCAAUUGGAGCAGCUUAACAUAGACGGACUGCGAGAGGUUGCUCGUCAGCAUGGUCUUGAUAUACAUGGUGCCCGGGCUGUGUUGUUUGACCGUAUUACCGACCACUUCGAGCGACAGGGAUGGCCGGAGACCAUUUCCAUAUUGCCGUCCAUUACGGAGGACAGACAGGUGGUUGAGCAGGAAGCGCAAGCUGUGCAGGAGGUUGUUGCGAAUGCUGGCGCAGGGGAGCAGCCGCCUCGUGGACAAACGGCGGAGGCGGGCCGGCUUUCUGGGAGAGGGAUCAGCGUCGAAAAUGCAUUUGAUCUGCAGGAUAUUGUGCGAGCGGUGGUGCAGGCCUUGAACGUGGCGCAGGGGCAGCCGGUGAGUGUUGCUCCGGACUGGCCGAGUUCGGAGGCGAGGCCAAUGACAUCGCCGAGCUCGGACUCUCAAUCAAGCGGCUUUCACAACUGGAACCAAAUUAAAUUUGCUUCGAAACUGAUACCCUCCUUCGCCGGAAAGGAGGAUGAGAAUAUUAUCCCCUGGUUGGAGCGGAUUGCCAGCAUCGCCAGAAUGUAUCGAAUAUCCGACGAGGUUCUGGUCGUUGCGGCGGUGAAUCAGCUGUCCGGUCGGGCAUUGGGUUGGUAUAACCGUCAGCGAGUGGAGUCUGUUGCGUCUUGGCAGGACUUUAAGCGUCAAAUCCGUCUGUAUUUCGAGAGAAAAGAAACUGUCACCAUGACACUGUCGAGAAUCAACGCACGAGUAUGGAGGGCGCAGUCCGAGAAAUUUAUAGAUUAUGCGGAGGAUAAAUUAAAGCUGAUGCAGUUUCUCACGUUGACCGAGAAAGAGAAAAUCGAAUUGCUGGCUGAUGGAGUCAAGGAUUUCGCUUUCCGAAAAUUCGCAUUGAAUUCAUGGGCCACUAGCGUUCCGGAGUUUUUGGAGCAAAUGCGGAGGAUAUCGGAGGACGGCGUGGUUGCGCGCCGUACGAGAGUCGACAUCGCGGGCCAGAGGACCAGCCCGAGGUUGGCCGUCGGGGGGAGCGACAUCAGUUGUAAUUCUCACUGCAAGAAGCCCGGGCAUCUCGCAAGGGACUGUAGGGUUGCCGCAAUGACGUGCUUCGCAUGCGGUCAGAGGGGUCACCUGAGUUCGGCCUGCCAAAGAAAUAGAUCCGUUCCGGAAACUACCUUGAAUCACUUGGCGGAAGUGUCCGUGGAGGAAGAGGAGCCACAGUCGGAGGAGGCUGCCGAGGAGGAAGCGUCGAGCGGGAUUUAUGUCAUCGAGGGGGAGACUCCGUACAUCGCUGUGUCCAGAUGCGGUUUUUGA